AUGACCUGCUCGGUGUCAUCGAGCUGCACCCUAAAGUUCGCGUUCGGCAGCGCCUCGAGCACCACGCCCUCCAGCUCGAGCAUGUCCUUGUUCGCCUUCAUCUGCACCGCCGCCGCCGCGGAGCGCGAGUGGCCCGGCGGCACCGCGUGGAGCACGGCAGCGCCCGCGACGACGGGCGCGGCGACCGGCGAGGAGGGCUGUCGGCCGACGGCGAGCCGCGACGCGGGGUGCGAGUUCCUGAUGGCGUCGUUGACUCCCUGGCACCGCCUCGCGACGCGCCCCGCCGAGCCGUCAGCUCGAGCUGAGGUGCGCACCAUUUGCGUCAUCGGCGCCGGGCCGUCGGGCCUCGUAGCGGCAAAGCAUCUGAGGGACGUGGGCUACACCGUGACGGUCCUCGAGAGGUCCUCAAAGGUCGGCGGCACGUUUGUGCACAAGGCGUACGACGACGCGCGGCUGGUGAGCUCCAAGUACCUGACAGCCUUCUCGGACCUCCGCUCGCCGACCACUGCCGCCGACCACAUGAGCUUGCCCGAGUACGUCGCCUACCUCGAAGAGUACUGCGACCGGCAGGAGCUCUGGUCCCUCAUGCGCUUCGGGACGGAGGUGCUGCGCGUGACGCGCGAGACGGUGAACGGCGCGCUCGUGUACAAUGUCGAGACGCGGGCGUCGGAGGCGUACCCGGCCGAUGCAGGCGGCGCGGCGCAGGCGGGCGAGGGCAGGACGCGGACAGCGCAGUUUGACGCGGUGUGCGUCUGCUCGGGGCUGCAUGAGGCCAUCUCGGUCAAGCGCGGCUUCCUGGCGGUCCCAUACGAGGGGUGGGGCGGCGUGCCGCUCGACACGCUCAUCGCCAACCUCUUCGAGCACUGCCACGAGCACUGGUUGCUGCACGCUCUCCACGUCAAGUGGGCGGUCACAACCGUCUUCAUCCGCGCCGGGUUCUGGCUCACGACGGGCAGCUCCGCUGGGUGGGACCAGUGGGUCAAGCGCGGCCACCACAUCCUCUGCAAGUCCACCGCCGCCCUGCCCUUCAUGAACCGGCCCGCCAAGCGGAAGACGGGCCCAGAUGCGGAAGACACACCGCUCUCAAACCAGCACAGCAGGAAGACGUGGCGCCACCGCCUCUGGUCGUGGCUCGACCCGCCGCACAAGCGGGUCGACAAGGACAUCCUCACCUUCCCCGCCCCCGCAAAGAUCGACGGCCGCCGCGUCACCUUUGUCGACGGCACCACCUUCGAGGCGGACGUGCUCGUCUACGCGACCGGCUACUGCCAGCGCUUCCCCUUCCUCGAGCCCGUCUCCUGCCCGCCGCCCGCUGCCGGCGGCGCAGGCGAGGCGGGCGGCUGGCGAGGCGGCAGCGGCGCGAGGGGGGAGGAGGACCCGCUGCCGAGCGAGCACUUCAUCGUGUCUGCGGAGGAGCCCACCCUCGCCUUCCUCGGCUUCGUCAGGCCGAACGUGGGCGCGAUCCCGCCAAUGUCGGAGCUGCAGGUGCUGUGGUGGAUCGAGAAGCUGCGCGGCCGCAUCGCCGCAGGGCACGCCCCUCCCUCGUACGGCUUGCUCGGCAAGAAGCUGGUGUAUGGGGUCGACUACGGCAACUACAUGCACCAGCUGGCCGCGGAGUUCGGCGCGGUGCCUUCGCUCUGGUCCCUCGCCCGCCGCCCUCGCGUGCUCGUCGCCUACUGCCUCGGCCAGGCCUACGUCUCAUUCUUCCGGCUGCAGGGGCCGUUCGCGUCGCAGGAGGCGUGGGAGGUCGCCGCGACCGAGCUGUACGCCCCCGUGCUGCGACGCGGCAUCGCCACCAACCUGGUCUUCCUCGCGGUGAUGCUCGUCUUCGGUAGCAUGAGCGCGGCUCUCUGCGCGGCGGAGGCGGUCCUCGCACUGCCUCGCGCCGCAGUGAGACUGGCGGCGGCGGUGCCGCGCCGCCUGCUCGCUGCCCGGCGGCAUCGCGAUUAG